UCCGAGCUUUGUCAUUUCAGCAGCCUGCCUUCCCCGUGAGGAGGAAGAUCAACCAAGUCCCGGGGCCUAGCCCAAUCCAGAGCUGUGACAUGGCAGAGACCGAGGAAGAGGAGAAGGUGUCAGCAGAGGCCUCAGGGUUCUCGGAUUUGAGUGACUCAGAGUUUCUGGAUCUGGAGGAUACCCAAGAGUUGAGUGAUUCACUUAGCAAGCCUGGCCCUUCUUCUGAACUCCCUGGGAAGGAUGGCAAGCUCAUAAGCUUUCCAAAGUGGAAAAAAGGAUUGGAUGUCUUAUCACCCAUGGAGCGAUUCCACCUUAAAUAUUUGUAUGUGACUGACCUGUCUACUCAGAACUGGUGUGAACAGCAAAUGGUAUAUGGAAAGGAACUUCCUGGUUUCUUGGCACCUGAGAAGGCAGCUAUUUUGGACACUGGUGCCAGUAUCCACCUAGCUAGAGAACUAGAACUUCAUGAUCUUGUGACUAUCUCCAUCACCAGUAAAGAAGAUGCGUGGGCAGUUAAGUUUCUGAAUAUGUUAUCAAUGAUUCCUACCCUGCAGUCCGAAGGGUGCAUCAGAGAGUUUCCAGUGUUUGGAGAAGUGGAGGGUGUGCUUCUUGUUGGAGUGAUUGAUGAGCUGCACUAUACACCCAAGGGGGAACUGGAACUGGUUGAACUCAAGACACGCAGACGCCCUAUGCUCCCUCUGGAUGCUCAGAAAAAAAAAGACUGUUUUCAAGUCAGCCUAUACAAGUAUAUCUUUGAUGCCAUGGUACAAGGGAAAGUGACCACUGCUAGCCUAAUCCACCACACGAAAUUGCAUCCAGAAAAGCCCCUGGGACCUUCAGUGUUGAGGCAUGCUCAACAGGGAGGCUUCUCUGUGACGUCCUUGGGUGACCUCAUGGAGCUGGUCAUCUUGUCUCUAACAUUGUCUGACCUUCCAGUCAUUGAUAUUCUGAAGAUUGAGUAUAUCCACCAAGAGACUGCCACUGUGCUGGGUUCAGAGAUUGUGGCCUUUGAAGAGAAGGAGCUGAGAAGCAAAGUGCAGCACUAUAUGGCUUACUGGGCGGGCCACCGAGAGCCGCAAGGAGUUGAUGUGGAGGAGGCUUGGAAAUGCCGGACAUGCAGCUAUGCAGAUAUCUGUGAGUGGAGGAAGGGCGGUGGGGUGCACAGCUCCUCGCUAGAGCCCCAAGCCAAAAAAGCCAGAUGAACAGAAGGUACGCCUUAAGGAACUUUCAUCCUUCCUGCUCCUGAUGUACUCACAAAGUAAAAGAGGGCCAGUCCCUGAUGUACACACAAAGUAAAAGGGGGCCAGCCUUUGGCUUUCAUAUUUUCUCAGCCUCUAACCACUCAAAUCUAGGACCAAUGCUUGGGUGAGUGGGAGAGAUCUGGGAUUAUACUGUACCUGGAGCUUCACCAUAGAUUGCCAAGAAGACAGGUGCUCAUCAUGGCUGGAACAACAGUAUCCUUCAGCAAUCAUUGCUUUCCUAAGAAGAUUCCUCAGUUUCUGUUAAGUCUCUUCCCUAUUUUUUCUCAAUCAAGGCUUUCUGUAUUUUAUAUAAUAAAAUAAAACACUGUCCAGAUU